AUGUCCGCAGAGGCCUUCAGGUUCUGCUUCCCGCAGGAUAUUUGUGGCGUCCCACUGGAGUCAAAAGCGGCUCUCAAGGACCUCGUGGCUCUUUUCUGGAGGUGGUCAAUCCAUGUGCUCGUAGGGAACGUACGAAGCACGAGUCAGGAAAAGGCAAGGGCACGAGUCAGGACAAAAACAGAAAAGGCACGAGUCCGUAAAAAGAGUGCGAGUCAGGAAAAACAAAAGGCACGAGUCAGGAAAAGGGACACGAGUAAGGAAAAAUGA